CAAUAUUCGUUUUAUUUGUUUUUUCCACGUGGUUUUUUGCGGUUUCAGCCUGAUCACUCAGAUCUUGUAAUGGCUAGUGUACUUGUGGUUGGUGGCGGAGGUCGAGAAAAUGCAAUUGCCUGGAAAUUAUCAAGUUCUUCAAAAGUGAAUAAAAUUUAUAUUACACCAAACAAUAUUGGAGCUACGUUAUUCCCUCAAGUCGAAUUUGUAGAUUUGGAUGUUAACAAUUUUGAAUUAUUGGCAAAAUGGUGUGUAGAGACAUCUAUAGACUUAAUAAUUGUUGGUCCUGAAGAUCCUCUUGCAUCAGGAAUUGCUGAUGUAUUAGCUGCUCACAACUUGAAUUGUUUUGGACCAUCUGCUAAAGCGGCCCGUAUUGAAAGUGAUAAAGAAUGGUCAAAACAAUUUAUGGAUGAAUUUAAUAUUCCAACAGCCAAAUGGAGAUCAUUCAAUGAUGUUAAACAAGCAACAGAUUUUGUUUAUUCGGCUGAUUAUCCUGCAUUAGUAAUAAAAGCAAGUGGCCUUGCUGCAGGCAAAGGAGUGGUAGUUGCUUCUAAUAAACAAGAAGCAUGCUUAGCAUUAGAUGCUAUCUUAACAGAAAAUCGCUUUGGUAAAGCUGGUCAGACUGUUGUAGUUGAAGAAUUGUUACAAGGAGAAGAAGUUUCUGUUUUAUGUUUUACUGAUGGUGUUAAUAUAAAGGUCAUGCUACCAAGUCAAGAUUACAAAAGGGCAUAUAAUCAAGACAAGGGUCCAAAUACUGGAGGUAUGGGAGCAUUUUGUCCUUGUUACAACAUGCCUCAAAAUGAGUUGGACGAGGCAAAAAAUAUUUUACAAAGGGCCGUUGAUGGUCUCCGUAAUCGUGGGUCUCCUUUUGUGGGUGUUCUUUAUGCCGGAUUAAUGGUUACUAAUGAUGGUAUUAGAGUUUUAGAGUUCAAUUGUCGUUUUGGUGAUCCUGAAACCCAGACAAUAUUGCCACUAUUAAAUUCAGACCUUUAUGAUAUUAUGAAAGCAUGUUGUGAUCGUACUUUGAAUAAAGUUGAAGUUAAUUGGAAAACUGAUAAAUUUUGUGUCGGUGUUGUAAUGGCUAGUAGAGGAUAUCCGUUAACAUCCAGUAAAGGCGAUGUAAUAUCUGGAUUACCUAGUGUAACAAAAGGCAUGGUAUUUCAUAUGGGUACUAAAUUGAACAAUUAUGGGGAAUUAGUUACAAAUGGAGGCCGUGUAUUGAUUGUGAUAACUAUUCAUCAAGACUUAGUCUUAGCUGCUGCUAGAGCAACUAUGGCUUGUGGCAGAAUAAUGUUUAAUGGUGCUCAAUUCAGAACUGAUAUUGCCCAUAGAGGAAUUGCUAGAGCAAUUCUUGCUAAGGGCGCAACAACCUAUAAGUCUAGUGGUGUUGACAUAACUGCUGGAAAUAAUUUAAUUCCAAUUUAUAAACAAAUGGUAUCCAUCACAAAACGUCAAGGAGUGCUUGGAGAUUUGGGUUCAUUUGGUGCCAUGUUUGAUCUCAAAGCAGCUGCAUUCCAGGAUCCAAUACUUGUGUCCAGUUCAGAUGGAGUUGGUACUAAAUUAAAGGUUGCUCUAACAUGUAAUAGUCAUGAAUCAAUUGGACAAGAUCUUGUUGCAAUGUGUGUUAAUGAUAUAUUAGUUCAUGGCGCUGAACCUUUAUUUUUCCUUGAUUAUUAUGCAACUGGUCGAUUGGAAGGAGGAGCUGUUGUUCAAGUUUUUAAAGGCAUUGUAGAUGGUUGCCAUCAAUCUGGAUGUGCUCUUAUAGGUGGAGAAACAGCAGAAAUGCCAGGCCUUUAUCAUAAUAAUGACUAUGAUGUAGCUGGUUUUGCAGUAGGAGCAGUAGAGCGAAAUAAGAUUUUGCCUCAUAUUGAGGAUAUUGUUUCUGGGGAUGUUGUUAUUGGUUUAGAAUCAAGUGGUGUUCAUGCUAAUGGAUUUAGUUUGAUUCGUAAAAUAAUGGACAUGGGUUGUCAUAAAUUUACAGAUGAAGCCCCUUUUAGCUUGGACAAGAAAACUUAUGGUGAAGAACUUUUAACUCCUACAGUAAUUUAUGUUGAGCGUGUAUUACCUUCAAUAAGAAAUAAUCAUAUAAAAGCAUUGGCUCAUAUUACUGGAGGUGGUUUAAUAGAAAAUAUUCCACGUAUUCUACCAAAAAAUAAAAAAGUUGUUUUAGAUGCUACAAAAUGGAAUAUCCAGCCUGUAUAUGGUUGGAUAGCUGCAACAGGUAGCAUCAAUGAAACGGAAAUGUUACGAACACUGAAUUGUGGUUUGGGUAUGAUAUUAAUAGUUGAUAGGAAACACGUUGAAGAUGUUCUAUCUGCUACUAAUGGUAAAGUUGUUGGCAUAGUUGAUGAAAAAAUGUCUGACGAACAACCAGUUGAAGUGAAAAAAUUUGCGAAUGCCAUGGAGCCUUUGAUGCGUCCCCAUAUUCAGACUUAUGUUGCAUCCAGGAUGCAUCCUAAAAUGCGUGUAGCUGUUCUUAUAUCAGGAUCUGGAACCAAUUUACAGUCAUUGAUUGAUACUACUACUGAUGAUCCAUCUAUGAUGUCUGAAAUUGUCUUAGUAAUCUCCAAUAAACCUGGAGUUGAAGGUCUAAAGCGUGCCAGACGUGCUGGUAUAUUGGCUUUGGCAAUAGAUCAUACUAAGUUUACAUCACGUGAAGAAUUUGAAAAUAAAAUAUUGAAUGAAUUAGAACAAACACAAGUAGAUGUUGUUUGCUUAGCUGGUUUUAUGCGUGUGUUAACAAAGAAUUUUGUGAGCAAAUGGAGAGGUCGUCUAUUAAACAUACACCCUUCACUUUUGCCUUUAUUCAAAGGUCUUCGUCCUCAAAAACAAGCCAUUGAAUCUGGCGUACGAGUUUCUGGUUGUACAGUUCAUUUUGUAGAAGAGGAAAUUGAUGCUGGAGCAAUUAUUGUACAAGAAAGUGUGAAUAUAAGUUUAGAUGAAACAGAAGAAAGUCUUACUGAAAAAAUUAAGGAGGUUGAACACAUCGCUUUUCCAAAAGCUUUAAAACUAUUUGCUACCAAUCAAGUUUGUUUGGAUAAAGAUAUUGGAAAAGUAAAAUGGUUAUCUAAUUCAAGUGAUGUAUUAAGAAAUAUUAUUUAAAUAAACAAUUAAAAAAUCAUUUUUACAUUUAUUUUAUAUUCUAUAAUUUUUAUUUUAUUUUUCUAUUAGAUAUAAAUAUUUCCAUUAGUUAUAACUAUACAAUUGUUUCUGAAUACAUAUACAAUACUUAAAAUAUUGUUAUUGACUUUGAUGUUUCUUGUGUUUAAUUUUUACUAUAAUAUUAUGUAUUUAAGUAAAAUUAUCUAUAUUUUUUAUGCAUUCUUUUACCAAUUUUUGUUUCAACCAAUUUAUAAUAAU